UCAUGAUGCUCAUUAUUAUUAAAUUCUCUCCAACUCGAGGCUUUCAUGACAUGCCUCUAGGAAGAUGCGGUCUUCAUUGAAAUUGCUGGCCUCCAUUUCCCGCAGCCAGCCGUCGAAGCUGAAGAAGCCGGCUGUUAGCUUAGACCAUUUUAUCCAAAGACAACGGGUUCUUGGUCUGUGGCGGGAGAUUGUCAGAGCUUUAAAUAAGGUUCCCAACUCUCCAACAAAGGAUGAAUUGCACAGCUAUGCUCGUGAUGAAUUCGAGCGUCAUCGCAAUGUGACUGACUUGCAACAUAUUCGAUAUUUGCUUUCGACCGGCAAGUCGGAAUUUGAAACCAUGAGACGAUAUAUCGAUGAGCAAGUUAUGGGUUGAAGCAUUACUUAUCCUUCUAACGAGUUGGAACUCUGAACAAGAAAUUUUGGAUGUGUCAAAUGGACAACACCUUUGGGCUGAUAGCAGCAGCCAACAUACAAGGCGGUUCGAUACUUUGAGUCAUCG